AUGCAGGAUAGAUUGCAGACCUCUAAGGAAAAUGUUUCUGUAUAUUUUUAUGAAAAGGUAGCUUUAUGUGGUGAAUUGGAUUUGACCUUCCAGGAAAUCAAAGAGCAGAUAAUAAUUGGUUUAUUAUCUGAAGAACUGAGUAAUUUCCUAUCGUCCAGGCAGCAUGAUGAUAAAGAUGAUUUGUAUAAGGAUAUUAUCUCCAAGAUAGAUACGAUGGCCGUCGGAGUGGACGUGUCGGUCAAUCGCGAGCUCGAUAAAUUGCGGAAAGCGGAUUUAAUUGAAUUAAUUUUGAACAAUAAGUUACCAGACGGUGUGGAUAGUGAUGUACUGUGCAAAUUCAUUAAACAUCGCCCACAUCAUUCGAAUACAAAUAAUGAACUUAGUGAGAAUUGCGAAAAUCGCCAGUGUAUCAGAGUGUUCUACCAAAAGGAUAAGAUAACUAGUGAAAACAUCUAUCUACAAGACAAAGUUACUAUACUGGAAAAACGGAUCUCUGAUUUAGAAUGCAUCAUAACCCUGCUGAAACAGGAUAGUCGGAACAUGCAUCCACAUAAUGCAUUCAGUACCAAAUUGGCGAAUCCAACAGCACCAUCUAACACGAGGGAAUCAAAACAAACCUCUGUUAUAGAUAAAGGUUCCGUAUCACCAAAAAUACUACCUCCGACACUAAUUUCGCCUUCUACAACAGUUUCAAAAACGAAGGAUUCAUCUGAUUGGAAUCUAGAACGAACCAACCGGUGUUGUGUUGUGUAUUGUGUGUGGCCGCGUAUCUGGACUCUGGAGCUCGGAGCUCACGUCGUUCGUGUGAAAAUCCAAGCGUUGUGGUCCCCUCCACCGAGAUUUGAAGAGUCGGCGCGGAUUAUUCUGAGGACAGCACUCGGUUGCCACACAGUGCUAUUUUCGCGGACAGCAAUUUUUACAGAAGUCUCGGCAGCGUUGCAGAAGUCCGAGAUCGUGUAUAACGUGCGCGGGACUGCUAAGAAGACAUACAGGGACGAGUCAGUGGAGCUGACUAAUCUGUCCUCGCUGAGAGUGAAGCCGUGCCUCGACCCAAGGAAUGCCACGGAGACUACGAGAAGGAAGAUCCAGCUCAUCCAGAAGCAACAGUACGUAGGAGUCCAGGUCUACACUUGCCUCGUCAUGGUGCAGCAGUUCAUCCAGUACUACGGAAUGCACUCCCAUACCAGCAGCGUCGCAGGAGGCCUAGGGAAGUACGUCCACUACGUCUCUGCCGAGACGUGCCUCAAGGCUCAUCAGUUCCGGCACUUGAAUAUUCGAAGAAUAGGCGGCGGCAUCAUCAGCAAGAUCAGCCUCAACGGGACCACGGAAGUAUCAACAACCUUUCAAGGACACCUCGACAUGAGCGGAAAAUGCGAAAGUAUCAAAUUCACCGUCGGAGAUAUCUCGUACAAAAACGUCGUCGUGUCGGCCGCGAUAACAAUCAAGAUGUCCGAUUAUUUCACCACCGCGGAUGUCGAACGUAAUGUCGUGAAUCUUCGUUCGGAAACCAUAUGUCCUUAUAAUGAUGGAUCCUGUUUUGAUGAUUUCUCCGGAAAGGCGAUAUGGAAACCGAAAAUCGCUGAUCAGUGCACAAACAGUGGUGUUGAUGUGCUUUAUGGAGGAAAUGCAAAAUUGCUCACACUUAGCAAGGAUCCACCAACAUUUUACGUAGGUGGAUCGUGGACACCGAAGAUAUCGUUUUCGCUCUGA